UGUGAAGGGACGGAGAGGAGAGCACAGGGGGGCUUGGCGCAAGUGGAUGACCGGUAGGCGGGCGGGGCAGAGGGGCUCAGGACCAUGGCUGAGACCAUCACGUACGCGGACCUGCGGUUUGUGAAGGCUCCCCUGAAGAAGAGCGUCUCCAGCCGGAUGGGACAGGGACAGGUCCCCGAGGCUGACGAGGACGGGGAACUCACCUACGAGAACGUGCAAGUGCCCCCAGUCCCAGGGGGGCCCUCGAGCUUGGUUUCCUCUGGACUAGGGGACAACGCAGGGGUCAAGGCGGAGCAACCAGCUGCAGCCUGGCGCUCCGUGACGCCACCGGCUGCCAGGCUGGCUCUGUCCUGCCGUGCACCCUGCUGGCAUUACCUCCUGCUCUGCCUGCUCCUCACCUGCCUGCUGUUAGGAGUGGCCGCCACCUGCCUGGGAGUGCGCUAUCUGCAGGCGUCUCAGCAGCUCCAGCAGAUGAACAGGGUUCUGGAAGCCACUAACAGCAGCCUGAGGCAGCAGCUCCGCCUAAAGAUAACUCAGCUGGGGCAGAGGGAAGAGGACCUGCAUGGGUCCAGGAGAGAGCUGGCACAGAGUCAGGAAGCACUACAGGUGGAACAGAGGGAUCACCAGAAUGCCAAAGAGCAGUUGCGGGCCUGUGAGUCAGACAAGGAGAAGAUAAAUGUGAACUUGCGAGGUGAGAAGGAGCACAGGAGCGCCUUGGAGCAGCAGCUGAGCAACAUUCGGGACACAAUGAAGCCCCUUCUCCAGUGCCAAUCACAAGACACCUGCUGUCCGGUGGGAUGGAUACAGUACUUGAAAAGCUGCUUUUACUUCUCACUUACUCGGAAAAGUUGGCAGAAGAGCAAAGAUCUUUGUGAAUCUCUGUCCUCCAAGCUGGCCACCGGCACUGAAACUCAUUAUUAUUCACUUUUUCGACACAUCAGCUCAAGUUCGUUUUCAUCACUUGUUGGUUCAGAAGAUUCAUAUUGGAUUGACUCCAGUGGGCAGAAGGCAUACUACUCUGGAUGUGUCAAGGUACAAACAUAUUGGUCAUGGUAUAGCAUUUCAGACGUAUGUUCAGCUUUUCUUCCCUGCAUCUGUGAGAUGGCAGCCUUCAGGUUUCCAGAUGAGCACCACUGAGCUAGACACUCAUGCCAAC